CACAACUUUUUCAACCUCAUUUGUAAUGAAAAAACUUGCCAAAAUUUGCCUAGAGAGAUUGAGACACCCCCAGAUUGCAAAUUACAAUCAGUAAAGAUGCUCCACCAGCCAAAACUGCUUCCAUCCUCCUCUCAACUUCUUCAUUCCCCCACCUUACCUCAAAUCCAACACACUCCCAUUACUCCAUCUCCGACGAUCACAAAGCACAACCAUCUCAAGAUCGCACGCAGAGACCUUGCUUUAUGUGCCAACUCUUCUUUACUUCUUUUCUUGGGCUCUCAGACGCUCCAACCACUCAAGAACACCAAGGCACUAGCAGAAGAAAUCCCACAAGAGGCAGAGACCAACACUAUUGAAGAGAAACCAGAGAACCAGAGCAGUGGCAACACAGGUUGCACCAACAAAGUCCCGACAAAGAAAGCAUUUCUUGAUAUAUCCAUCGAUGGGGACCCAGCAGGUCGAAUUGUCAUCGGGUUGUACGGAGAUGAUGCCCCCGUGGGAACAGUGAGAUUCAGCAACCUGGUCAGUGGAGCUGCAGGGAUCACAUACAGACGGAAAGAGUUCAUAAAGAUCAUGCCGAGCUAUGUACAACAUGGCGGAGUCAGAUCAUAUGGUGUGGAUGCUGAGAUAGCAAAGAGCACAGGCAGUGAUUUGACAAACCAGAGUUUGAUACAAGAGUGGGAGAGAGAGAAUGGUAAAUGUCUGGGGACGAAGAAUUUGGCUGGAACGAUAGGAAUAAUUGUGAGGGAUCCAUCAAAACCACCACCAAAGUUGAAGUUGGUAGCAAGGAAUGGCAAGCUAGAGGUUGACGAAGAGGAGAUUGGAAAUGAACCAAAUGGGACCGAGUUUGUGAUGUCCAUUAAGGACUCACCAGAACUUGAUGCUUCAGCUCUAGUGGUUGGCAGAAUUUUGGAGGGAAUGGAGGUUGUUAAGACGAUUGGCCAGGUGAAAACCGUGCAAGAAAAUACCGGCUCUCCUUAUUUCAGGGUUGCCAAGCUGAUAGGAGAUAAACGGGCUGUUGUCGCAGAAAGAGGCUUCAACCGGCCAUACUCCAAGGUGCUCGUCACAAAUUGUGGUUUGCUGGAGUAACGAAUGCGAGUACCAUAAUUUUCAUCAAUAGUAGUUUUUUUUUUUUUUUUCCAGAGGAGAGAAUCCACUCAUGUUCUUUGCUAUUUAAACAGCCAAAAAAUUUAAAGCACAAGAAAGUAGGGGUAAGGUAAAGACAUUUGAGCACUCAAUUUGACUUUGGGCUAGACCAAGAAAGGACAUUCAGCAAGCAUUUCAUCUA